UAUAAACAUUAAAAGAUUCCAUAAGAGGAAUUUUUUUUUUUCUUUGCAUAAAUAUUUGAUUUGAAUUUGAAUAUUAAUUAUUUUCAAAAAAUAUUUUACGAAUAAAUUAAUGUUAAUAAUAUAAAAAUUGUUUUUUUUGGAGAAAUUAUAGAGAAAGUUAAAUUUUUAUAUUUUCUCUAUAAGAAUACGACCGUUUUAAAAUCGACAAGAGUCUCUCUAGUCUAAAAAUAAUAACAAAAGUGCCAGCUAACUAAUUACUUAUUUCAUGCACAUAAAAUUUAUUAUUUAAUCAAAAUUUAAAUUUAUUAAAAAUUUACAUAAAUAUUUAGUUUUGUUUUUAAUUUAAUUGAAUAUCAAAUAUUUUUUAUUGUUUAAAAGUUUUUAUUUUAUAAUCAAAAAAUUCUGGAUUGUGUUUAACACGAACAGAAUAAUUCAAAUUGUACCUAGGUAGGUACAUACAUACAUAUAUGUACGUCCUGUAUUUUCUUUGAUGUUAUAAUUAUUACAAAAUAAAUUAUUAAAUAUAAUUUUUUCGCAAUUCGAAGAAGGUCAUAUUUCAAGGGGCAAGUGCAAUCGUAUUAUUAGAAAAAAAAAGAUUUCUUAGUAACUUUUUGUUUAUUUUGUUUUUAUUUAUAGAAAAACUUUUUUUCAUUAUAUUAUACAGAAUUUGGAAAAAUCGAAAAAAAGAAUAAAAAAACAAAAGAAAAAUUUACCUACCUAUUUAUCUACAUCCUCACAUAUAAUUCAAUUCGCAAUAUUGUUUAAAAAAAGAAGAAAAAAAAAAGCUUUCAUUUUGAUUAAGUUUUGCAAAAUACUCCGCAAUUCAAAUCCCACAAAAUCUUCUUAAAAUUAAUUGCAUUCGUGAAUUAAUUCUUCCAUCAUACUGGUCAAACCAAUAAUCACUAGUCGAAGAAGCUAUUAAUCUACACGAUUUAAUCUAUUUACUUACCAAUAUUAAAAAGAUAAGAAAAAAUUGAUAAAAUAUUUUUUAAUAAUUUCAUAAAAUUAAUUAUUAAAAUGCCACAAUUAAAAAAAUUAACAAAUAUUAAUGAUGUUAUUGUAUUACAAAAAUCAAAUUGUCGUAUUAAAGAUCCUGAUUUAAUUAUAAAAAAAUUAAAUUCAUUUAUUGAUGGUGGAAUAAAUCGUUUACAAGUUGUUUCUGAUUUUGAUUAUACAAUAACAAAACAGCAUGUUGAUAAUGGCAAAUUAGUUUUAACUAGUUUUGGUAUAUUUAAUGCAUGUAAAUCAUUACCAAAGGAUGUUUUAGAGGCUAGUAAAGAAUUAUAUCAUAAAUAUCGUCCAUUAGAGAUAUGUCCAAAAUUGGAUAUGAACGAGAAAAUAAAAUAUAUGAUUGAAUGGUGGUCUAAAUCUGGUGAUCUUUUAAUGGGAUUUCCCUUAGAUGAAAAAGAAAUCGAUGAAGUUGCAUCAAAUUAUAAAGAUUGUCUUCGUGAUCAUUCUUUAGAAUUAUUUGAAACAUUAAAUCGUUUAAAUGUUCCUGUUUUAGUAUUCUCAGCUGGACUUGGGAAUUCAGUUGUAUCUGUAUUAAAACAAGCAAAUGUUAUGUUUCCAAAUAUGAAAGUUGUAUCAAAUUUUUUGGAAUAUAAAGAUGGUCUAUUAAAUGGUUUAAGUAAACCAAUGAUACAUGCAUUCAAUAAAAAUGAAACAGCAAUUGAAGGUACUGAAUAUUAUGAUUUAGUACAUAGCCGUGAUCAUAUUAUUGUUAUGGGUGAUUCACUUGGUGAUGCUGGUAUGGCAAAUGGUAUGCCAUCAUCUUCUAUUAUUAUUAAAAUUGGAUUUCUUUAUGAUCAUGUUGAAGAAAAUCUUGAACGAUAUAUGGAGGCUUUUGAUAUUGUACUUAUAGAUGAUCAGACAAUGGAUAUACCAUUAGCCAUUCUUAAAUUAAUGGAAGACAAAUAAAUUUAAAAUUUUGAUAUAAUUAAAUAUAAAGAUUUUAAAUUAUCAAAAAUAAAACAAAAAAAUUAUAGACUUGUUAAUAAAAAAAAAAAAUUUAUUUAUAUUUGAUACAAAAUAAAAUAAAACAUAAAAAAAAAAUCACGUUAAAUUAUAAAAAAAUAUUUAUAAAAAAAAAAAAAAUAAAGUACAUUAAGUGGAAUUCAUAAAAUUAUGUUUCAUAAAUAUUGAAAAAAUUCAUGAUUUUAAUAAUAUAAAUUAAUAUGAAAGCACAAUUAGUUGAAAAUUAAUAAUUUUUUAUUGUAUAUAAAAAGUACAAUUCAAUGAUAUUUUUUUAGUUAAUAAUUUAAAACAAAAAAACCGUGAUAUUGAAACAACAUUA